AUGAUUACCUUCACAUUAUACAUUACUUUAGUGUACACAGUUCUCAGUGUAUACUCUGACAUUUUGCCAUUCACGGAUCCGGAGAACAUAUUUGGAAAAUUUCCUCCUCAAGCUCAUCCAAAAUUCAUAUUUCCAUUUCUCACAUAUGACGAUCAACGUGCAAACAUGCCAAAAAAACCUACAACCCCUGCUCACAACGAUGAACUUCCAGAUUUUCCACUUAAAAAGUUAAAUGAAGAACAGCGACCACUUCGUAAACUUUUAGAAAUUCUCAACUCUGGACCAGCUUUACCUAUGCCGUUAGUGAGCCCAAUAUACUACUUGUUUGAAGUUAUCAUAAGAACUAUAAAAUCACUUUAA